GGGGGACAGUGUGACAGACGGGCUCAGGACCAUGGCUGAGGCCAUCACCUAUGCAGACCUGCGGUUUGUGAAGAAGAGCGUCUCAAGCCGGUUGGGACAGGACCCCGAGGCUUAUGAGGAUGGGGAACUCACCUAUGAGAAUGUACAAGUGCCCCCAGUCCCAGGUGCAGUCUUGGGCUUGUCUUCCUCUGGACUAGGGGACAAUGCAGGGGUCAAGUCGCAGCAGCUAGCUAAGUCCUGGAGCUCCGUUACGUCGCCGGAUGCCAGGAGGAUUCUCCCCUGUCCUACAGCCUGCUUGCGACACCUCCUGCUCGGCCUGCUCCUCACCUGCCUGCUGUUAGGGGUGGCUGCCAUCUGCCUGGGAGUGCGCUAUCUGCAGGUGUCUCAGCAGCUCCAGCAGAUGACCAGGGUUCUGGAAGCCACUAACAGCAGCCUACGCCAACAGCUCCGCCUAAAGAUAACUCAGCUUGGGCAGAAAGAGGAGGAUCUGCAGGGGUCCAGGAAAGAGCUGGCCCAGAGUCAGGAGGCGCUACAGGAGGAGCAGAGGGUUCACCAGGCUGCUGAGGGGCAGCUACAGGCUUGCCAGUUGGAUGGAGAAAAGAUUAAGGAGACCUUGAAAAUGGAGAUAGAGAAGAACAGCGCCUUGGAACAGAGGCUGAACAGCAUGCAGGAAACACUGAAGAGCUUCUUCACGUGCUCCCCACCAGAUACCUGCUGUCCUGUGGGAUGGUUACGGCACCAGAAUAAAUGCUUUUACAUUUCACAUGCUCAGAAAACUUGGGAGGAUAGCCAAAGUUAUUGUAGAUCUCUGUCUUCCAACCUGGCCACAUUCAGCGGAACUUAUCAGUCUUAUCAAGUAAGCAUACCCUUAUGCACCGAGCGAAGUGGGCACUGUUAG